GUGUGUGUGUGUGUGUGUGUGUGAGAUAGAGAAUGGCCCCAAGGCCAUCUUCAGGUGAGUUAUGGGGUCUACACCUGAUGCCCCCCCGUAUUUUGGUGGAUUGCUGUUUACCCAACGGGAUGCUCGUCAGUCUGGAGUGUUUACGUGAAGCUCCACUCAUCAGCAUCAAACAGCAGCUAUUUACAGAGGCCCGCAAAUACCCCCUCUACCACCUCCUGCAGGAGGAGUCAUGUUACAUCUUUGUGGGUGUGACCCAGGAGGCAGAGAGGGAGGAGUUUUAUGAUGAAACACGGCGACUGUGUGACCUUCGACUUUUCCAUCCUAUCCUGAAGGUCAUCGAACCGCUUGGUAACCGAGAAGAGAAGAUCCUCAACCGUGAGAUUGGAUUUGCUAUAGGAAUGCCGAUCUGUGAGUUUGAGCUGGUGAAGGACUCGGAGGUGCAGGACUUCAGGAGGAGCAUCCUGAGUGUGUGUAGGGAGGCAAUGGAGGAGCGUGAGGGAGGAGGACCACACACACACGCUCUGUACGUUUACCCCCCCAGCGUGGAGUCAUCACCACAACUACCACAACACAUCUAUGCCAAACUCGACAAAGGGCGUUUGAUUGUAACCAUCUGGGUGGUGGUGUCUCCGUCUAAUGCCAAGCAGAAGUACACGCUGAAGAUCGCUCACGACUGUGUGCCAGAGCAACUGAUCGCUGAGGCCAUCAGAAAGAAGACACGCAGUAUGCACCUGUCGGCCCAGCAGCUCCGCCUGUGUGUGCAGGAGUAUCAGGGACAGUAUAUCCUCAAGGUGUGUGGCUGUGAUGAGUACCUGCUGGAGAAGUACCCGCUCAGCCAGUACAAGUACAUCCGCAGUUGUAUCAUUGUGGGGAAGCUGCCACACCUCAUGUUGGUCAGUAAGGACAGUGUGUAUGAUCAGUUGCCAUGCAGUGGCUUCGUCACUCCGUCAUACAGCCGUCGGACGCCCCAGCCGAGCCCAAGCCCUGGAGGGGGCGACCCCACUAACCCCCGCUCACUCUGGACCUUCAAUGCUCACACUCCACUCCGCAUCAGACUCAUCUGCGCCACCUACGUCAAUGUCAAUAUCCGAGACAUAGACAAGAUCUAUGUGAGGACUGGUAUAUAUCAUGGAGGAGAGCCUUUAUGUGACAAUGUCAACACACAGAGAGUUCCAUGUUCCAACCCCCGGUGGAACGAGUGGCUAAUGUAUGAUAUUACUUUGACUGAUCUCCCACGUGCUGCUCGUCUCUGUCUCUCCAUUUGUUCCGUCAAGGGUCGCAAGGGGGCUAAAGAGGAGCACUGUCCUCUGGCGUGGGGCAAUGUUAAUCUGUUUGAUUAUAAAGACACACUGGUCAGUGGUAAAGUGGCUCUGAGUCUGUGGCCUGUUCCACAUGGACUAGAGGAUCUGCUCAAUCCCAUUGGUGUGGCAGGAUCCAACCCCAACAAGGAGACUCCGUGUGUAGAGUUGGAGUUUCCCUCUUUUAAUCACACAGUGGUUUUUCCGGAUGAACAGCAGAUUGAGGAACAUGCUAACUGGAUCAUCUCCCGAGAGCUGGGAUACAACUACUCCCUCAGCCUGAGUAAUCGGUUGGUAUGUGACAGCUCUAUCUCUCAGGCGGAAGCUGAACAACUUCGUGCUCUCUGCAACCGAGACCCACUUUAUGAGCUCUCAGAGCAGGAGAAAGACUUUCUAUGGAGACAUCGACAUUACUGUGUGAAUAUUCCAGAAUGUCUUCCCAAACUGCUUUUGUCUGUCAAAUGGAACUCACGGGAUGAGGUGUCCCAGAUGUAUUGUCUGCUCCGUGAUUGGCCCCUUAUGCAGCCUGAGUCAGCUCUGGAGUUGUUGGACUGUAAUUUUCCUGACCCGAUGGUGAGAGAGUUUGCUCUGCAGUGCCUUAUGCAGGGACUCACUGAUGACAAGAUUAGUCAGUACCUACUACAGCUCGUUCAGGUUCUAAAGUAUGAGAUGUAUCUGGAUAAUCCACUGGCUCGGUUCCUCAUUAAAAAAGCUCUGACCAAUCAGAGGAUAGGACACUUCUUCUUCUGGCACCUGAAGUCAGAGAUGCACAAUAAGACAGUGUCUCGACGGUUUGGUUUGCUGUUAGAAGCGUUCUGCAGGUCAUGUGGGAUUUACCUGAAACACCUAAACAGACAGGUUGAAGCCAUGGACAAGCUGGUGAACAUCACUGACAUGCUGAAACAUGAAAAGAAGGAUGAGACGCAGAAGACCCAGAUGAAGUUUCUGGUUGAACACAUGUCCCGUCCCGAUUACAUGGAGGCUCUGCAGGGAUUUGUCUCUCCUCUGAAUCCUGUACACCAACUGGGUAACCUCAGGUUGGAGGAGUGCAGGAUCAUGUCUUCAGCAAAGCGUCCUCUUUGGCUGAACUGGGAGAAUCCUGACAUCAUGAGUGAACUUCUCUUCACCAACAACGAGAUUAUCUUUAAAAAUGGAGAUGACCUGAGGCAGGACAUGCUGACACUACAGAUCAUCAGGAUCAUGGAGAGCAUUUGGCAGAAUCAGGGACUCGACCUGCGGAUGUUGCCGUACGGGUGUCUCUCUAUUGGGGACUGUGUGGGUCUGAUUGAGGUGGUGAGGAACUCCUUCACUAUAAUGCAGAUUCAGUGUAAAGGAGGCCUGAAGGGGGCACUACAGUUUAACAGUAACACACUGCACCACUGGAUCAGAGAGAAGAACAAGGGGGAGAAUUAUGACAGUGCGAUCGAUCUGUUCACUCGUUCGUGUGCUGGUUACUGUGUAGCCACGUUUAUCCUUGGAAUUGGAGACAGACACAACAGCAACAUCAUGGUCAAAGAGAAUGGACAGCUGUUCCAUAUAGACUUUGGACAUUUUCUGGACCAUAAGAAGAAGAAGUUUGGUUAUAAGCGUGAGCGUGUCCCCUUCGUCCUCACACAGGAUUUCCUCAUCGUCAUCAGCAAAGGAGUGCCGGAGUGUACCAAGACCAAGGAGUUUGAGAGGUUUCAGGAGAUGUGUUACAAAGCAUACCUGGCGAUCCGUCAGCACGCAUGUCUUUUUAUUAACCUGUUCUCAUUGUUACUGGGCUGUGGGAUGCCCGAGCUGCAGAGCUUCGACGACAUCUCCUACCUGAGGAAAACCCUUGCUCUGGAGAAGAGCCAGCAGGAGGCGCUGGAGUACUUCACCAAGCAGAUGAACGAUGCCCACCAUGGCGGCUGGACCACCAAGAUGGACUGGAUCUUCCACACUAUCCGGCACAUGCCCAAUGAGCACUGACACACACACACACACACACGCACACUUCAAAACUGCUCUGGAGAUCUGCAGGAAAACUGAUGAAUCUCAGAACAGCUUCAUGAGGUAAAUGCAAAGACUAUUAUACAAUGGUUAGAGCCUUUGAUGCAUAUUUAUUAUAUAUAAGGGCACACGCAAGCGCACACACACGUGCGUGCACACGCACUCGUGCGUGCACACGCACACAUGCGCACGCACACACACACAUGUACACACACACAUGUACACACAGACAUGCACUAUUUUCUGCACUAAUAUAUUUACAGCACUGCACUAAGUAGAGAUGAAAAAAGUCACAACAGUAUUACAGAAGAACUGGACAUUCACAGUAAUUAUGCCCCCCCCCCCCCCCCCCCCCCCACACACACACACACACAGAUAUACACCUGCACUAUGUAGGGAUCAUAAAUAGUGAGUGUAAUAAGUGAUAAGCUCUAAAAUUCACACUUGAAGUUUAUCUUCCUUUUUACUGAAGUUGACAUGCAAAAAGAUCUUUUACAAUCAGCUACAACUAAGACUGCACUACAGGUCCUCAGGGUUACACAAGGGUCAAAGGUGAAGCUUUGGUGCAAAAAUUGAGACCAAAAUCCACCUCCAGCACACAUGCCCCAUAAUGCACUGCAAACCUGAAAAACCUGAUACGCUUGAGUAGCACGAUCACAAGGAUGUGAUAGUCUUCCUCAGUAAACUCUUACUUCUUUUAGGAACAAUGCAACGUUAAUGUUCGUGUGAAAGAGAUUUAAAACCAGUGUCACUGUGAAAGCAAUCCGAUCCUCUGACCAGCUCAGAACAUGCGCUGAACAAUCGAACAUAUCGAUCAAUCAUCCUGUAUGAAGCCUCAACUAGCUCAGAAUUCAUCCUUCUUUCCCAAUGAUGCUGAAAUAAAAUAUGAACUCUACAUGAUGAUUUGUUUAUAUUGCUCCCAGACUCUAAUCCUCAUUCUUAAACAGAUGAAAUAAACGUUCUACUUAAAAUUAAAUAAAUACAAUCAAUUUAAAUACCUAAUUUAUCUACAUCAGAAAGUCACUGUUGCAAAAGAGAAAUAAAAUGAUAGUUGUUAUUGUAUUUGACAUAAAUCAGUAUUUCACACCUGUACACUACAGUCAUAUUUGCACAGUUUGUAAGGAAUAACUCAGGUGUAGAAUGAAUAAAAUGUCCUACAAUCAAACUUAUUGCUGAAUCGAUCAUCGCUCUUAUAUUGAAGCUUCAGUUCUUUUCCUCUCUAAACGUUGGUACUUUUACCCCAACCCCAACAUAUAGAACUAUAUGUUAAGAAGCUAACUCUGUUUUUCUUUAUCAAAAUACAAAGAUGUGGGGAAACAAAUCAUUUAACAUCAGCAUCUCAAUUGAUCAUGUCAUGAAUUCAGUGUUCAGUGUUUAAAUGUGAUGUUAAUUCUCUUACUUCCAGCACAUUCGGACUUUAGUGAUCAUGCUUAUUAAAGCUUUAAUUUAAAUUUUUUCUAAAUUACAACUUAGAACUAAAAAUCAUUCAAAUAAAUCCUGAACAAUCAACUGA